AUGAAGCGAGCAUGGCACUUACCCUCAUCUUUAUUUCUCAAUUUGAUACAUGUUUGCCUGGCGCAGGCAAAUUACGCUCCCUAUUUCUUUGACAAUGGACCCAGCAGCACUACUGGGAACAUGGCUCUCCUAAGCCUUUCAGAAGACACCGCUGUGGGCACGCAUGUAUACACACUAAAUGGAACUGAUCCAGAAAGUGAUCCGGUAACCUACGGCAUGGCCUUUGAAGCUGGGUCAAGAAACUACUUUGCUAUUGAUGAGAACUAUGGAAAUGUUACACUAAUUGAAGAGCUUGACAGAGAGAGAGAAGAUGAGAUUGAAGUUGUUGUCAGCAUUUCAGAUGGGUUAAGUACAGUGGCUGAGAAGGUCAGAAUCCUUGUAACAGAUGCCAACGACGAGAGCCCAGAAUUUAUCAACACACCUUACAUAGUCCAGGUCCUGGAGAACACACCCUCGGGGAGCAGCAUCUUCAAAAUUGAAGCAGUCGACAGAGACACAGGUUCAGGGGGAAGCAUUACUUACUUUCUACAGAAUAUCCGUACAAAUAAGUUUACUAUAGACCGUCACAGUGGUGUCCUUCGCAUCAAAACAGGGAUCACUCUCGACUAUGAAAAAUCAAGAACAUAUUUUGUUACUGUGGUAGCAAAGGAUGGUGGUGGCAAGCUUCGUGGUAACAACAAGGUGUUUUCAGCCACAACCACUGUCACGAUCAAUGUAGAAGAUGUUCAGGACACACCACCGCUGUUUGUUGGCACUCCCUACUAUGGAUAUGUCUAUGAGGACACUCUGGCGCAUUCUGAGGUAAUAACAGUCCUUGCUAUUGAUGGAGACCGAGGGAAACCUAAUGACAUUCAUUACUGCCUUAUGAAUGGAAGUGAAGGUUCGUUUGAAAUAAAUAACAUGACAGGAGCCAUUUCGGUUAUUAAAAGCCCAAAUCAUCUGAAGAAAGAAGUAUAUGAACUGAAAAUUCAGGCUUCGGAAAUCAGCCAAGAUGGAGAUCUGACUGCUCAUGCCUUUGCCACGGUAACCAUAAGAAUUGUUGACCUAAACAACCACCCGCCAACGUUCUAUGGAGAAAACGGGCCACAGAACCGAUUUGAGCUCACAAUGUAUGAGCAUCCACCAGAGGGCGAGAUCCUGAGGGGGCUCAAAAUUACAGUCAACGACUCAGAUCAGGGAGCAAAUGCUAAAUUCAACCUCCGCCUUGUUGGGCUUGGUGGCAUUUUUCGAGUUGUCCCUCAGACUGUCCUAAAUGAAGCACAAGUCACAAUAAUUGUUGAAAACUCUGCUGCCAUAGAUUAUGAAAAGUUCCAGGUUCUAACCUUCAAGCUUCUUGCAAUAGAAGUUAAUACACCUGAGAAAUUUAGUUCAACGGCUGAUAUUGUGAUCCGUCUCUUGGAUACCAAUGAUAAUGUCCCCAAGUUUUCAUCUGAUUACUACAUCGCUAGGAUUCCAGAGAAUUCCCCCGGUGGUUCCAAUGUAGUGGCUGUAACAGCAACGGACCCAGAUUCGGGCCUUUGGGGUGAAAUGAAAUACUCCAUAUAUGGAACUGGAGCAGAUCUAUUUCUAAUCCACCCAUCCACUGGGAUCAUCUACACUCAGCCAUGGGCUACAUUAGAUGCAGAGGUCAACUCCAAGUACAACUUCUAUGUGAAGGCAGAAGAUACAGAGGGGAAGUAUAGCUUGGCUGAAGUAUUCAUUACUGUCCUUGAUGUCAAUGACCACUCCCCAGAAUUCAAUGAGAACAUCCAGGAAAAAACCAUGAUAAUUGGAUCUCCAGUGAAAGUGGAGGCAAUAGACCAAGAUGCUGAAGAACCCAAUAACAUAGUUGACUACUCUAUUAUGCAAGCGGAUCCAGCCAAUGUGUUUGAUAUAGACCAAAGCACUGGGGAAAUAAAGCUGAAAUCUUACAUAAGAUCCUUGGACAUCAUUCACAACAUCACCAACAACAAAGAUUGCAUAUGGUCAGUGGUAGUCCAAGCCAAAGAUCGGGGCUCUCCUUCAUUUAGUACUACAGCUGUCUUGAAGAUUGAUAUCACAGAAGAGAUCAAAUCAAGGACUCUUCACAAAGGGCCUAUGGCUGCCUUUUUGAUGCAAACAAAAGAUAACCCCAUGAAAGCCUUAGGAGUACUAGCUGGUGUCAUGGGCGUCAUGGUGGUGAUCACCGUCUUGAUCUCUACUGCCAUGUUCUGGCGCAAUAAAAGAUCCAACAAAAUCAUGCCAGUCCGACGGAUCAUUAAAAAAAGACAGAACUAUCAACCCAGGGGGGUCAGGAUGGAGUGGCUGAAAUUCAAGAGAUCAAGCAAUGCGGCAGAGAAGUUUACCAUUGAAGAGGACACCAAGAGCCUGCAGAACGAGAACUGCAAUAACAACCUCCAGGUGCCACCUCCACCACCACCACCCAUUGCCCCAGCCCUCCCUCCAGCUGCCCCAUUCAAGACUAAUGGCCCAGAAUGGAGAGUGCCCACAGUAUCAGGAUCUCUGAGCCCCCGGUUUAUGAAAAAGCAGGAGAAGAAAAAGGGCACUGUUUGCACCUCACACACUGCCCUGGUGUCAGAGCUCAAGCAGAGGUUUGAAACGAGAAAUGCAGCAAUCGGUCACCUUCACGUUUAG